AUGGCUUCCAUAAGCCAUUUCCUCCUCAUUUUCACCUCCUUCUUGAAUCUAGCUUUUUCAUCUAGUGAAGUUCCAAUCAAUGUAACCAAACACUUCUCCUUCAAGGAUUUCAGUUUCACAAACAACUCAAGAUUAGUCCAUGAUUUAAAGCUUCUAGGAAGUGCAAAAUUCUCAAAUGAAAAAGGUUCACUUCAAAUCCCAAAUGAGUCACAAGAAACAGGUAUAAGACAUCAAGCAGGUAGAGGUUUAUAUUCCUUCCCGAUUCGUCUCUUGGAUCCGAUUACCAAAACUCCGGCUUCUUUUCGAACCACCUUUUCAUUUCAGCUUAAUAAUUCAACUACUGGUGCUUCUGAUUUAAGUGAUAAUGGUGGAGGUAGUGGACUCACCUUCAUUAUUGUGCCUGAUGAAUUCACUGUUGGAAGGCCGGGACCUUGGCUCGCUAUGCUUAAUGAUGCUUGCGAGAGCGAUUAUAAAGCGGUUGCAGUUGAGUUUGAUACAAGGAUGAAUCCGGAAUUUGGUGAUCCGAAUGAUAAUCAUGUUGGUAUCAAUUUAGGUAGCAUAGUAUCUACUAAAGUUAUCAAUGUUUCGGAUGUUGGUGUUUCGCUUAAAGAUGGUUUUGUUCACCAUGCUUGGAUUGAUUAUGAUGGUCCUAGAAGGAGAAUGGACGUUCGUCUUGGACUUCCGAACGAUGAAGUUUAUCCUAGUAAGCCUAUCUUCUCGGAGUUUAUGGAUCUUUCGCCUUAUCUGAACGAGUAUAUGUUUGUAGGAUUCUCGGCUUCGACGGGUAAUCAUACACAGAUUCAUAAUAUACUUUCUUGGAACUUUACAUCGAUUAGUCAAGCUUUUCUUCGCUACCCUUCGUCUGAAACAUGUCAAGGUAAGAUCUUGCUGCAGAAUACUACAGAAACAACAGAAGCUACCGAGAAUUCUAAUAGGAACAAAACUCCACGGAGCUUUUUGAUUUUUGUGGCUUCUGUAGUAUUGGCAUUAGCUGUUUUAAUUGGUUUUUACUUUAUCAGUAAGCAUAGAAAAAGUGCUUCUAAAUCAAAGACUUCAAUAGAGGACGAGAUUCAUCGGCCAAGGCCUCCGAACAAACCGCGCAGAUUCAGUUUUUCUGCACUUUCCUCUGCUACUAGAUCAUUCAGCGAGAUAGAGAUACUUGGAAGUGAUAUUAGAGGAGUAUACUACAGAGGAAAGCUCGGUACUAAUGGAAGCCAAGUAGCUGUGAAACGAUUCUCAGCUCAGUUUCUCAGCACACACGGAUCGGAUAAGAAGCGUUUGUUGAAAGAAAUCAAAGUCAUUAGCCAUGUUCGCCACCCGAAUUUACUUCCUAUAAGAGGCUGGUGUCAAGACAACAAUGAAAUUAUUGCAGUCUAUGAUUUUGUCCCUAACGGAAGCCUCGAUAAAUGGCUGUUCGGAGCAGGAGUUCUUCCGUGGACGCGACGGUUCAAAGUCGUCAAAGACGUAGCCGACGGAUUGAGUUUCUUGCACAGUAAGCAACUAGCACACAAGAACGUGAAAUGCAGCAGUGUGUUUUUGGAUGUUAGUUUCAGAGCUGUUUUGGGAGAUUUUGGAUUUGUUCUAAUGGGAGCAGAAUCAAAACAGUUUGAAUCAAUAGUGUGUAAUAGUGCUGAUGUAUUCGAGUUCGGGGUGAUUGUGUUGGAAGUGAUAGGUGGAAGGCCAAGGGUGGAGGAAGUAGAGGAAGGAAGAUCAGAAGAGAGGAACUUAUUGGAUUUCGCAUGGAACUUACAUGAAACAAAUGAGAAAGUGAAACUUGUUGAUAGACGAAUGGGGUCGUUGAUCAAUUUGGAGCAAGCGAUUCGAGUAAUGGAAAUCGGUUUGCUUUGUACAUUAAAUGAGAACAAAGGAAGACCUUCCAUGGAAGAAGUUGUGGAGCUUCUUCAUAACAUGGAGAAGCCUCUCCCUGAGUUACCAAGAACCAGACCUGUUACUUUGUUUCCUUAUAAUAGUGCCAACACUGGGCUUUGCAAUAAUUACUCUUGCACUUUGAAGCUGUGA